GGGUUCAGAUGAGAGCACAGCCCCUCAGCAAGAGCCCAGAGGCAAGCUGACCUGCCACUGAGACACACUUAUUCACAAACACACACACAGCCUUGGUGGCCUCACACACACUCUGCUGGAAAGAAGAGCGGCUGUGAGACGAACGAAAAGAAGAAAUAAGGGAGAUGCACAAGGAGGAUCUGUCAAGUUCACCCGCAGGAGACUGGCUUGUGACUGAGGACAGAGACGGUUAGUUGUGGGUUUAAUAUGUAAUUGUCAUGCAGCUUUCUAAAGCAAAGUUUCAUGCAGAUGUAAAGCCAAGACAAACUAUCGGAGGAUUGAGGGAAUAAACGAUGAGGAGGACAUGAUAAAGAAGAAGAAGAAGAAGAAUCAAACCGUGGCUGUUUCUCCUUUUUCACAAUUUGGAGCUGUACCUCCAGAGAAGACCUCGUCCUUGCACAUCAGUUCAGCGGUUCAUACAAAGAUCGACUGGGGUUUCAAGAGUGAGAAACAUGGAGAACCUCAAACGCACUUCAUGACAAAAACAUUUAACUUGGGAAACUACCCACAAUAAUCGAGCGGUUUGUGGAGUUAACCGCCUAUAGUGUCUUUCUGCCACCACAUCUGGAACUACGGGCUGUCAGUGUGUACACCGGAGAGCUUCACACCCACAGUGUGUCACUUAAACUCCAACGACCCCCCCCCCCCCCCCCCUCACCUCCCAAAGAAAUUGGAAGUCGUAGCGGAGACCUCAGCGUAAGAUCUGAACCUUCGAUCAUGUCUGCUGAAAUCAAUUUGGAGCGACAGAAGAGGGCUGACCUGAGGAGCGGGACCUCUGCUUCUGCGUUCGCUCCCCAUGUGCCCACGGUCACGCUGAUCAGCCACCGAGAGCUGAAGCACAGACACGCCGCCCGCAGACUCCAGCCGGGAAGCCUGGAUCCCCACCUGGCAGCCAGCAGCCACUACCGGCGCAGUGAAGGUAGCAGAGUGCAGAAGGUUGGAACAAUGCCAGAUUCACCUGCGGAUGUGAAAACCCAGCCCAGGUCCACCCCACCCACCAUGCCUCCACCACCCCCGGCUGUCAGCCAAGCAACCAAUCGCAGCGCUUCGUUCACCCCCACCACCAGUAAAUCAAUGCUGAACGGAAGCAGCCACUCUCCCACCUCGCUGAAUGGUGCUCCGUCCACGCCCAACGGCUUCAGCAACGGGCCGGCCAUGUCCUCCACGGCCUCGCUGUCCAACCAGCAGCUCCCGCCGGCCUGCGGCGCCCGGCAGCUCUGCAAGCUGAAGCGCUUCCUCACCACGCUGCAGCAGUUUGGCAACGACAUAUCGCCCGAGAUCGGAGAGAGAGUGCGCAGCCUGGUGUUGGGACUGGUGAAUUCCACCCUCACUAUCGAAGAGUUUCACUCCAAACUUCACGAGGCCACCAACUUUCCUCUGAGGCCAUUUGUCAUUCCCUUCCUGAAGGCCAACCUGCCCCUGCUGCAGAGAGAGCUGCUCCACUGUGCCAGGUUAGCCAAGCAGACUCCAGCCCAGUAUCUGGCCCAGCACGAGCAGCUUCUCCUGGACGCCAAUGCCAGCUCGCCCCUCGACUCCUCCGAGAUCAUGCUGGAGAUGAACGAACACGGCAAGAGGAGGACCCCCGACAGGACCAAAGACAGCUCAGAGAGGGACGGCAUGCACCCGGAGCACCUCGCUAAGAGGCCCUGCACCAUCAGCCCCAGCCAACGCUUCAGCCCCAGCACGGGCCUUCCUGCUCACCCACCUCCCAACGGCCUCCCCUCGCACCCUCCCAAUGGCCUGCCCCACCCGCCCAACCCCCAAAUGGGACCCCAGCACUACCGCCUAGAAGACAUGGCCCUGGCGCACCAGUACAGAGACGCCUACAGACACAACGAGCACCGCGACGCUCGAGACAGGCACCGGCAGACAGCAGUGCACGGCGCUCGCCAAGAGGAGGUGAUCGACCACCGCCUGACAGACAGAGAGUGGGCAGAGGAAUGGAAGCACCUUGAUAAUCUCCUGAACUGCAUCAUGGACAUGGUGGAGAAGACGCGCCGCUCGCUGACGGUGCUGCGCCGCUGCCAGGAGGCCGACCGGGAGGAGAUGAACCACUGGAUUCGGCGGUACAGCGACGUGGAGGAGAUGAAAAAAGGUGGGAGCAACGGACAGCACUGCCUUCCUCCUCCUCCUCUUCCUCCUCCUCCUCCUCACCACAACUCCUCCUCCAACACAGCUAGCGGCAGCGAGCCACUGCCCAUAGGAACUCCCUCAGCUGUCGAAAGGCAGACGGGAAGACAGACAGAGAUCCACCGAGACUUCUUACACAGGCCUCCCUCAGGAUACCUGCCAGAGGAAAUCUGGAGGAAAGCCGGAACUACAAGCAUCCCGCUCUCCCCAGCACUAAAGCACCUCCAAAACAAGCAGGAGGAGGCCGUGAAUGAGGUGAAGCGACAGGCGAUGUCAGAGCUGCAGAAAGCAGUGUCGGACGCCGAGAGGAAGGCUCAUGAGAUGAUUUCAGCCGAGCGCUCUAAAAUGGAGAGGGCGCUGGCCGAGGCCAAGAGGCAAGCCUCCGAGGAUGCAAUCACAGUCAUCAACCAACAGGAGGACUCCAGUGAAAGCUGCUGGAACUGCGGGAGAAAAGCCAGUGAGACGUGCAGCGGCUGCAACACGGCUCGCUACUGCGGCUCCUUCUGCCAACACAAGGACUGGGAGAAGCACCACCACGUCUGCGGUCAAGGCCUGCAGGGGCUGCCAGGGGGCAGCAGCGUCCCCCUCGGCACUCCCUCCUCUGGCUCCUCGGCAUCCUCCGGUGCGCCCCCCACCCACUCGGUGGGCACCCCGCCAGGACCCCUGUCCCUGGCAGGCCAGAGCAGUAUUGCGGGAGGGGCGGGCAGCGGCGGCGGCAGCGUCUCCGCGAGCCCCAAGGAGAGCAGUUCCAGCAGUGCCUCUCGCUCCACAACUCCAGCCACCCCCGCCCUCCUGGAGGCCACCUCUCGCUGACGCCUGACCCUCGCCCCCCCUCCCCUGCACACUGAUGCGACAGUGCCCACACUCCACACAAAAACCAAACUGAGGAAUCUUCAUUGCACACCGAUCCCUUUCCUCCUCCCACGUUUCCCUCUAAGCUCUUUCUGAAAAUCGUCUCACUACCUGAUGACAGACUCAACUUGUAACCUUCCCCCCCCGAAAAAAAAAUACUCUUUCUCUUUUUCACAACCACAUUCAAAGAUUCCAGCCUGGGGUUCAGUGUAGUGUAAAGCAUGAAUAGUGCAGUGUCUCCUAUCUCUGUAACAGAAACAUAUCAGAUGGGUUUGCUGAGAACAUGAACUUUGAUGUAAUGUAAGCAUGGGAAACAGUGUCCAUGUAAGGACACAAGACAAGGGCUGCAACAUCGACGGGGGGAUGACUAAGCCGAUUAGCACUUGGGUAGGAUUUCCCUUUAAUUAAGUACCAAUGAGAGAACAGUACCCAGCCCUGAGAUGUGCACUACUAGUCCAGACAGUUCACUGAUGUGGCACUUUUCCUCCAGUGUCCUAAUGGAAACAGGCGAGGAGCAUAAUACCUUUUUUUUCAAAUGGAUGAUGGGAAGGGGAAAAAAAACCUGUGAUGCGAUUAAUUUCUCAGAAACACAGCUUAGUAUUUAUUAAAUGUUUCUUUCUGGCUUUAAGGGGAAAAAUAAAGAGAAAAGUCCAAAUAUUCUAACUAAAGAAUAAUAGUGAUGCUGAUGCUAACAGUAAUGAUAUGAGAGUAAAUUAAUUUUAAAACUGCUAACUACCUUGCUAGCGAGCCAAGAAAAAUCUACACCGGACUCACCUCUCUGCACCAUUGUGAACCCAAAUGAAUUCAAAGAUGAAAAAACCAACAUGAUCCAAACCUUUGUAUUACACUGCCAAAGUGAGUAAGUAAGCGAUAAGGAGAAGCACUCAUAACCAAACGCAAAGCAACAUCACCUCCUCAGCAGAUAAGCCAGCCCUGAGAGGACCAGGCUGCAGAGGAGCUGCAGAGCGGGACCCAGAGAUAGACACAAAAAAACAAAAAGAAAAAAAAAAAAACUGUGACUUGGUUUGAUCUGCAGCCGCCUCCUGCAGCCUCGACAAAAAGACAGUGAUUCCUCAGCGAUGGCCCCGACUAGUGAACAUGGACAAUGCUGUGAACUUGCCUACAAGAGAAAGACUUCAUGAGACGAAUAGAAAACCCUGCCACAGUGUGAUUCUUUUUGUGAACGGUAACAGAGAGGACAGGAGAAGCUACACGGCCUCAGAGGAGUCGGAAAACCUCAAAACAAGAUUGAAAAACAUUUUCCGAGAAGGCAUGGCAUACAUCGGAGACGAAUGGGACGAUUGUUUCUAUGUCGUUUUUUUUUUUUUGAUAUUUCAAAAGGAAUUGCUGUUACCUUUACAUUCGCUUCCUCCGUUUCCAAAGCAUGAUAAACAGAUGAACGAGCCGAGUGAAAGGGUGGUGUAGACCUGGUUACCCUCUCUCUUUCUACCUCCCCUCACCCCACACCUCCCCUUCUAUCCUCUUCCCCCCGACUACUUGACUCACGUUUGCUCCCUAACCACACAGCCUGCUUCGGACGGAGCCUCCGAGCAGCCGCAUUGGGAAGGGUUCAAACUUGCUUGUAGAUAUUGUUCCUCUUUCCAUAUUUUCGAUAAUGUCUCUUGUCGCUGAUUGUCCACAUGUGCUGCCCUCGUGUGUGUCCAGAAAGAUGGACUUUGUGCCGGUUUCCGUUUUUCAUUUUUUUUCAUUUUCCUCCUUUGAGUUCGGGCUGAGCAGUGAAGUCAGAGCAAGGACACUCGUUUACGAGAGGAAGUCCCACAUUGUACUUAUUGUUUGAUUUCUUGUAUCUAUAUUGACGAGAUGAAACCCCCUCUUGUAGAAUAUUUUGUAUUGCUCGCAUUGUAAGACAGUGAGAGGACGGAGGUGCAAUAUGAAGAGAAUUCAGCUACUGAAUGGAACCUCAGCAACUGCCCAUAGGGUGUCAUAUAAUAUAGAUACAUAUAAAUAUAUUUAAAGUAACAUCAGUAACUUAAUGUGAAUGUACAUAGUAUUUAAAGAGGUCCAAAAAUGUGUUUGCCAAAUAACAGAAACCUUUAAAGUUUAAUGUCCAGAAUA